CUCUCGUCUUCAGCACUAGAGUCCAACAGCAGAGCUCAAAGGCAACAGACGUCUUCCUCCACUUUCUAAAGACAACAACAACAACGACGACGACAAUGAUGAGCAAAGUAAUCCUCAGUGCUUUGGUGGUCCUCUUGGUCUCUGUGGCCCUCAGUGAAGGAAUGACUCUGAGAAGCUUGGGAGUGGAGCUGCACUGCCGCUGCAUCCAGACCGAGAGCAAACCCAUCGGCCGGCACAUCGAGAAGGUGGAGCUGAUCCCCGCCAACUCUCACUGCGACGACACCGAAAUCAUUGCCACACUGAAAGUCAGCGGUCAGGAGGUGUGCCUGGACCCCCACGCGCCCUGGGUGAAGAGGGUCAUCAAGAGGAUCCUGGACAACAAAAGACGCUGAGCAAUAUAAAAAAGCUGGCUUUUCUGUCCUUUUUUUAUUGUUUUUUUUUUUUUUUACGGAAACUUGAAGAAGGAGCGGAACAGUGACCGAGGACUACUCAGCACUUUUUAACACGUGCACAAACCUACUUGAAGAAGUGUUGAAGUUGUCAACACACAUGAUGUUUGUAUCAAACACUUUGUUCUAACUUAUGUUGGACGUAUUUCUACUCUAUUUAUCUAUCUUUUUCAUGGUCCACUCUAUUUAUGUUUAUUAAUGGUCUGCUCUAUUUAUGUUUAUUAAUGGUCUACUCUAUUGAUCGAGGCCUAUUGUUGUCUUACGUCGGACAUAUUUAAUGGUGUACUGUAUUUAUCUAUGCCUAUUUAUAAAUGUUUAUUUAUGAAGAAGCCAAUCUUGAUGUGCUCUGUGUAACUUCCCCUCCAUGUCUUGUUGAUCCACAAUAAAAGACAGCCUCAAAUAUAUGAA